AUGAAUGAUGAAAUUGCUGAUGCCGUGCAACAGAUAUGUGAUGCUGUUUGCACGGUAGUUGAUGAAGAUAAAACAACAGAUGAUCGGGGUGCUAUUAACGAACAACGUGAUGAUCAUCAUGCUGACAAUCGUAACAAUACUCCUGUGUCACAAAUUGUGACAUUAACAACAAAUCAACCAACGUUGAUUAACAUUAGUGAUAUCAAUACUGAUAUUACUUAUCCAUGGAAAAUUCAUGCCAUCGUUACGUGUAUCUAUCCAAAGCGAAGUUUUACGAAUUCACACGGUGCUGGUGAAAUCUCAAAUUGGGAUUUAACUGAUCAGUCAAGUUCAAUUACAUUGGUGGCCUUUAAUCUGAAUUCAUAUAUGAUGUCAGAGAAAUUAGUGAAGAAUCAAGUAUACGAAUUUCUGAACCUAACAAUCAAAUCCGCCGAUGAAAUGUACAAAACAUUACCACAUCCAUAUCAGCUGGUGUGUACGAAUGCAACAUGUGCAAUUGAAACCGAAAGAUUAUUCGAUCUACAAGAAAGCACAUAUAAUUUCACACCGUUAAGUCAAAUGAACACUCUUCCUUUGAAUUCAAUCGUCGGUAAGAUUUGA